AUGAGCGAAGAGACUAACGGGGUUUCUCCCGAGAAUGCCGAGCGAUGCGCCAUCGGAUUAUCAUUUGGAAACACUAACAGCUCGAUUGCGUAUACAUCACCAGAGGGAAAAGCAGAAGUCAUAGCUAAUGAGGAGGGAGAUCCUACUCCUUGCCAUGCGUCUGCUCACCCCCAAUUGCAUGACUCCACGGUAGCCUUUACAAUCCACGAUACCACGAAUGCAGAGCCUAGCACAGUGACCGUCUCAGAAAUAACCACCCGCCACCUUCGUCGUCUCCGACGGUCUGCAUCGGAAUUCCUAGGAAAAGACGUUAAUGCCGCCGUUUUCACAGUCCCAACAAACUUCUCAGAUGCUCAACGCACGGCCUUGACCUCAGCAGCCAAGGAUGCUUGCAUUGAAGUUUUGCAAUUUAUCCCAGAGCCCGUUGCUUCCCUACUUGCAUAUGACGCUCGCCCUGAGGCUGUAGUGAAGGACAAGCUAGUCGUGGUGGCUGAUUUUGGAGGCACGAGAUCAGACGUUGCUGUCAUUGCGUCGCGGGGCGGAAUGUACACCAUCCUUGCAACUGCUCAUGAUUAUGAGCUGGGAGGCGCCCAAUUGGACCAAGUUUUGAUUGAUCAUUUUUCCAAGGAGUUCAUAAAGAAGCAUAAGGUGGACCCAAGGGAAAAUGCUAGGAGUUUGGCCAAGCUGAAAUUAGAAGCGGAACUAACCAAGAAAUCUUUAAGUCUGGGUACCAAUGCCACUCUGAGUAUAGAAAGUCUUGCGAGUGGAGUUGACUUCAGCUCUACUGUCAACAGAACGAGAUAUGAGCUUUUGUCCGGCAAAGUGUUUGCAAACUUUACCCGGCUUAUCGAAGAGUCCGUGAAAAAGGCUGAUCUUGACAUCCUUGAUAUUGAUGAGGUUAUCCUCUGCGGAGGAACAUCCCACACCCCAAAGAUCGCACGGCUCGUUCAAUCUCUCUUCCCCGCCACAACAACAGUGCUUGCGCCAGCCACAUCGCCAACCGCCAUCAACCCAUCCGACCUGUCCGCUCGAGGCGCAGCCAUCCAAGCCUCCCUAAUCGAAGAAUUUGAAAAGGACGACAUUGAGCAAUCGACCCACCCAAUGGUCACCGUCACCCCCCACCUCGAAAAAGCCAUCGGCAUCCAACUCAUCUCCGCAACAGAUGACGCACACGCCAUCUUCAAACCGCUCCUCAAUGCCGAGACGGCCCUCCCCGCCCGACGCACUGCCCGAUACGCCGUCCCCAAGGCCGGCGGCGACGUCCUCGUCCGUGUUUGCGAGGGCAUUCGCGAGAUCAAGGUUACGAAACCGGAUCCCAAGCGGAAGCAGCCUGCCAAGGAAGCCGGCGGCGAGAAUGACAAUGAGGACGUCGAUUCAGACUUCGACUCCGAUGAUGACGAUGAGGAGGAGGAGGAGGAGAUUCGAGAAGCGGUCUGGAAGGUCUCGAAACCUAUUGCGGAAUUUGCCAUCAGGGGCGUCAAGGCCAAUGGGAAAGUGGAGGUGAUGGUAGGCGUGAGCGAGCAGCUGGCUGUCCAAAUAAUGGGUCGGGAAGUUGGUGGAAAGGAUGGUGUUCGGGUUCUGGUGGAUGCGCCGAAGCCAGUGGAGAAUGGAAGUACAUAAAUGGUUUGUUGGUUCGUUUUUCUUUCUUUCUUCUUCCUGUUUCGCGUUAUAAAAUAUGCCCUGAUAUGCACAAAUUCCUCGUUUCCUGUUACUCACUCCGUCGGGCUAUCCCCCCUUCCCCCUCCAUAACCCCGCCUUGCAUCCAUUUUAAUAAUAAAUAAAAAGGCAUUUAGAGCAAUAGAUAAUGUAUGUGUUAGCCUGUUCCUUGGGUAACCUUUUUUUUUAUGGUUGUUUUGUUUUGUUUUGUUUUUUUUUUUAACCUUUCCUUUCAGGAUGUUAAAAAUAAGUUACAUACAUAUUUUCCCCUAGUAAGUAAACAAGUGAAUCACAAAAUCCAAAGACCAAC